AUGACAGAACAGCAGAAGAAGCAGAAUUCAGAAAUUGGCUGGUGGGAAUGGUUGGGAUGGAAAGGAUCUCCUCCAUCUGCCACCACGUCAACGCCAAUUGCAAUAGAACACCUCGCUGAACCGACGCCUUCUCCAGAAGCCGUUCCGACGACAAGUGUAGCUGCAAUUGUGGCGCCAAAAGUCGUGGAUUCGGUGGAAGUCGUGCCAAAAACUGGAUGGGAUAGGGUUAUGGCGAUUUAUGAGAGGGAGAAUGCAAUGGAGAAAGACGCUACUAUCAGG